AAGAAAUUCUUGGAAACGUUCGUUUGGAAGACAUAAAUUCAAAUAAAGACAAAUGAAUUGCAACAAAAUUAUGCGAAGUUUAACAUGGCUAAGGGCAAAGAGCUUGAGACUAAAUUUGAGAAGUCUUUCGACCCAGACGACGAUGAAAUCUAUGGAUUCAACACCCACCAUGGAAGAGGAAAAGGAGAAUCUAAAAUACCCCAGAAAGAUCUUUUCCGGCAUACAACCCACCGGUCAGCUGCAUUUAGGUAAUUAUUUGGGUGCCGUGCAGAAAUGGACACAGCUGCAGAACAGUGGUGAUGAUGUUACCUAUUGCAUAGUUGAUAUGCAUUCCAUAACAAUACCACAGAAUCCUGCCGUUUUGCGUGAAAACAUUUUCGAAAUGGCUGCCACAAUGCUGGCCUGUGGCUUGGAUCCCCAGAAAUCUACAAUAUUUGUACAGUCAUCGGUACAGGAGCACACGGAGCUGGGUUGGAUUUUAAGCUGCCUAUGUACCAUGCCACGUCUGGGUCAUUUGCCACAAUACAAAGAGAAAUCACGCACGGUCAAAGAUGUACCAUUGGGUCUUUACGUAUAUCCAGUAUUGCAGGCUGCCGAUAUUAUGUUAUACAAAGCCACUCAUGUCCCUGUCGGUGAGGACCAAUUGCAACACAUCCAGUUGACACAACAUUUGUCGCGCAUUUUCAACACCAAAUUCGGCCAAACCUUCCCCAUAUGCCAUGCCAUGAUUGACAAUCAUGAUGCGGCGCGCAUACGUUCUCUACGCAAUCCGGCCAAGAAAAUGUCCAAAUCUGAUCUGGAUACCAAGGCCACAAUAAAUAUACGCGAUGCACCCGAAGUCAUUGUGGAAAAAAUCAAAAAAGCUGUUACCGAUUUCACCUCUGAUGUUACCUAUGAACCUGAGGCACGGCCUGGUGUUUCAAAUUUAGUUGUAAUUCAUUCGAUGGUCAGUGGAACGCCCAUAGAGAAGGUCGUGGAAGAAGCCAGAGCCAUUGAUACAGGCCGCUAUAAGUUACGUGUUGCUGAGGCUGUUGUGGAGCAUCUGAAACCCAUUCGCUUGGCCAUUGAUGAGCAUUUAGCGCAGAAAAAUGAUUUGAUUCAUUUGCUUGAAUCGGGAGCGGAAAGGGCACGGCAAGUUGCCCAACAGAAUAUUGUGGAGGUUAAAGAGAAAAUGGGUUUGGGCAUUUAUCGCAAUGUGCCACAGUACAUUGAUAUGUCUGCAGAGUUAUUAAAUGCCUUGCCGAAGGACAAGAAAAAGCCAAAGGCCAGCGACAAGGAAACGGAAACACCAAUCGUGCCCAAACAAAAGCUGCGAGUGGAGAAAAAAUCAGCUCCACAAAAUUUGGCCCCCACUUUCAAGUUGGACGAAUCGCUGGCAUCACCCCCCUCUCCUUCCGUGGCAAAGAAGGCACAAUAGAUUUAAGUAAAUUAAUUAGUCAAUGGAAGUCUGGACUCCCACCCCGCAAAUAUGCCUAGUCUUUAAAUAA